AAUGGUCUCUGGGUGCGUUAUGUGGUGUCUGGGGAGAUAAAGACUAAAGUGGGCAUGACGUACCACGAUGGACCUGUAAAUUAUCAACCGGGUGGUGUACGGGAUAAAGGUAGGCCAGUUGAAAAUGCAUGAAAAAUGCGCAUUCAUCAUGAAGUAGUUUUCUUCGCACAUGUUUAUCACCUAGCACUAAAUCUUCCUGCUGGAAUAGGUGUCUCCGUAAACUUCAGCCUGUGUUUUGAGUGUGACGUAAAUAGCCUACCUUCUUAGUAGAUACCCACCAUGCAUGGAAUAACUUUUUACAUGUAACUGGCAAGUAAAGUGUUAUUAUUAAAGUGUUGUUUCGUAUACGCGAGUUAGUGUAACAUUGUGUAUUAAGAGACGAUGUUGGGAUAUCUUUUCAUUAAAUUUCACCUGUAUUAUAUAAAAGUGUAAUUUUUAAUUUUAAAAUUUGCCUUGGUCCGUAAGGUUGUGGGACUCGACAUCAUUCCAAUCCUCCAAGUCAGAUUGAUGGAAGUGUGUCCAAACAAUGGUCCGGGCAGUGGCCCUGGCAGGUGGCUCUUUUACUCAUGGGGCAGUCAGUUCAGCAGUGUGCUGGCGCC